CACUUAUUCAUUCCAUGCCCAUUUCUGGUUCAUCUUCUUCUGAGUAGAGGAAGAACCACCGAUCAAGUGGGUGUAUCAGUGUUCAUUGCAGUUUUUCCCAUUUCCACUCUUGUGGUUUAAAGAUGAGAACUUGGAACAAAAGUGAUACAAACAUGGAGGUUUUCUUUUUAUGGUAUUUUUUUAGUGAGGGGUAUUAAUUAGCGGUGUUAAUGUUAGGGUGAGGUUUAUGAGUGCUGCUGCUGUUCCUGUUGUGCUGUUAUUGCUUUUUACUGUGAUUUCCUUUUGUGGUAGAGUCAGAUUGCAACAUCCUUUUUCUGAAAGCUUUCACAAUGUGAGGCUGGACUUUUGGCUUAGCCCAUGAAAAAAGAUGCUUUUUUUUGGGGGGUUUCCCGUUUCUUCAUCUCUCUUACUCUUUACACUUUUGUGGGUUUAUCAUUUUCUUGGGAAAGUGGGAUUGUUGAAAGCUUGAGAUAGAUGCCUCUGUUUUUUUCUUAAUGAAAUUGCUCAUGCAAAAAACAAGAAAAAGAAGAAAAAACUUGUGCUUUUUUAGGGGAAAUGGGGACCGAAGCUUUUUAAUGUACUAGCUAAGUCCCAAGAAAAGAGACCCCUCCUAUAUAACCUAAUGAAUUGACAUUGGCUCCACAAGGGCUUAGACUUCAGCACCAAAGCCAGCAUGUAUAAUGUUUAACAGUUACAUUGAAAAUUCAGAAUAACAUUUUUUGUUCUUCAUUUUCCUCAGAUUUUUUGAGCUAAGGGAGAAAAAAAAAAUUCUUUUUAUGGGGUUUAUAUCGAUUGGUUUAUGAUACUUACGAUUGGAUAAAGCUUAGCUGCGGUAACAUAUGUUUUUGGGGAUUAAAAGUGGAGUUUCUUGCAUUUAUGAGUUGGAGGCAAGGUUGUUGGCCUUAAUUUUGUGUUAACUAAAACAAGGGCCUAAACUGUGAUGUGUUGGCCAGAGUGUUGGAUGUUCUGAUAAGUCAAGAAGUCAUGAUUUGUUGGGUUGUUGCUGUUGUGGGGUCUCAUUCAAUGACCGACUCCUGACAUUGCUGUGAUAAAUGUGAAUUAUUGGAAUCUGAAGGUUUCCCAUGUUGAAAGGGAAGUUUUGGUGGUAAGUACACACUUGUAGGAAGAGUUAAAGAGUUAAACAUAUCACAUCACUAGGGGCAAUCCAUUGCCUUGCAUAUCACAUAAAUAGGGAUUGUUACCGUUUUUUGCUAUUGCCAUGAAUGAAUAAAUCAUGAAAUACCCUUCAUAAUGUUUACAAUGGAGGUUGAUUUCUGGAGGUAAAAAUAAUGCAGUGCCACAAAUUGACUGCUGGGAAGUUAGUAUACACUUUAAAUUUAAAAGGGAAAUACAUAAAUGACUCACCUUUAUUAUUAUUUUUUUUUUUGACGGUGGGGACUGGUUGAUAUCAGCCUGAGAAGUCUUACAACACUAAAAUACAGCCACUCAUCUGUCUGUAAAGUUAUGGACGGGAUUUGCAGAACACUGUGGAGUCCACGGAUUUGUUUGAUUUGUGUAAUUAGGUUCUUUCUUUUGGUUAUUUUGAAUAAGAUAAUUCCCUCAGGAGCAUCUCAGGUUACGAAUUCGCCUUUGGUAAAAUGUAUGGUUAAACUAAUUUACACUGGCAAUGUUAUACUUACUUACCAUUACCACUUGCUAUUUGCUAAGUACCUUUUUAUUGCUGCCAAGAUAUUUUCUAUUCUUGUUUAAAUCUCUGGUUUGCUUCUGCAUCUGGUCUGGCUGGAAAUCCAUCUGACAUAGGGCUAGAACAAGUGAUUUUAAUUUUAAUGUUGUCUUUUAAAGAUUGAUCGCCAUGUUUACCCUUAAGAAUUAGCUGUUCUUAGGUUCUAUAAUUAUUGGUCGCUUCACAAUUUUUGUAUUAUUAAUAAGUGUUUGUUGAUCAUGCGUCCACCACAUUUAUUCAGGUAUUCGCGGUGCCUUUUGCUUCUGCCAAACACUAUUCCAGUUUCUGUUCUUUCUUGAACCACUUUAAUCUCUUUGAUAAGAUCUUGUAUGAUUUUUAAAGAAACUAAAGCAGUUAACCCUUAUGUUUGAUAUGAAUUGUAGUUUGCAGAUCACAGUGAGGAUUUGCAUAUGAAUUUCUAAGGACUUGUGAUGGAGUGGAAUGCAAAAUCUCUCGGACAAUGGGACUGGGAGCACUUAUUCUUCUUCAAUACAAAAGCAACAGAAAAUCCGAGGUUACCAACAACUGAUUGUAGCAACGAAGCAGAUCGAGAAAUCAAUGUUGGGGUGUUUUAUCCAUCAGGUGGGAGUGCAUGUUCUGGGUCUGAACUAGUACAUGCUUCUUCACCAAGGAGCUCAAAAUCAGCUUCCAAUAAUUCACUGUCAAAUGAGGAUAGCAAGGCAUCGGUGUUGACUCUGGAAGGUUCUCAGGAUGAUUCCACUGGGAAGAAAGAACUGUGCCCAGUUGAAACUUCUCAAUCAGCAGUUCCUUCUCCAGUCUCUGGUGAACCUUUGCUCACUCUGAAGCUUGGCAAACGGUUGUACUUUGAGGAUGUAUGCGCAGGAAGUGAUUCCAAGAAAGCAUCUUCCUUUGAGGUUCCAAUUUCUUCAGGAAAGAAAUAUAAAACCAGUAAUCAGAAUUUGCAGCAUCCAAGCUGCCAGGUGGAAGGCUGUGACCUUGACCUUUCAUCUGCUAAAGAUUACCAUCGCAAACACAGAGUGUGUGAAGGUCAUUCCAAAUCCCCUAAGGUGCUUGUAGCUGGUUUGGAGCGCCGAUUUUGCCAGCAAUGUAGCAGGUUCCAUGCUCUGUCAGAGUUUGAUGACAAAAAAAGAAGCUGCAGAAAACGUCUCUCAGAUCAUAAUGCAAGGCGUCGAAAACCACAGCCUGACUCAGUCCAAUUAAAUCCAUCAGCGUUGUCUUCGUCGCCUUAUGAUGGGAGGCAAAUGAUGAGUCCAUUUGCAUUUUCAAGAAGUGCUACAAACAUGGGCUGGCAGAAUUUGCAUAGCAACAAGCUCCCCCAGACAAAAGAUUUUCUUCCGAAGCCUGCAAAAGCCUUUGAUAAGAUACCCAGUAUUGUAUCCAUGUUUUCUGAUGAUAACAGUGGUCUUCUAACAUCCAGAAGUAUAGCAGCGAAGACUAUUGUUCCAGGUUUAGAAGAUCCGAAUUCCAUUAGUUCGUGUGAUCCAAAUGGUGCACAAGAUGUUAACCGUGCUCUCUCUCUUCUGUCAAGCAAUUCAUGGGGUCCAUAUGAGACUAAGUUCCUAUCACUGGAACGCUCCUCUAGAACACAAUCGAUGACGCACCACCAGCAGCGCUUACCGCUUGCUUCCUCUUCGGAAUAUUGGCACACUGAUCAUCAACAACAACAACCUUCCCCUUCCACCAUGAGCAUGUGCAUCUCAUUCUCAGACUGUGAUACCAACAAUCGCUUUCAAGACUUUCAGCUGUUGAGUGCACCCUAUGACUCGCCUUUUCCAUGCAACCAUCUGGAUUGAUCAACAACAACACUAUUAAUGCAAUGUUCAUUUGUCUGGAUUGCUAUGCUGUGCUGUCUUUCCUUAAUUUGUUUCCUUUUUUAAAUGGAGAUUAAUUGAACCAACUCAUUGUUCCAUUUUCUGAAUUUUGUCCAAAACUCUCGAGACAUUUAAUAUUGUACCAGACUGCGUUCGUUUAUUUUGAAGUAUCUUUGCAUUGCAUGCCCAUUAUCGAUGGACACA